AGAUGUCGACUCUCAAAGCUUUUGGAACGGUUGCUAUUAUGGUAGCAUGUUUUGCUGUAAUUUAUCCUCGUUUUAUGCACCCUUUAGUAUUACGAGCACUGGGAAUGAAUGAUCCCCCCCAAAAGGAUAUGUCAAGUAAGUUUUGCUUACUUAUCAGCAUAAGUAGUAAACGAAUUCUUGGUCCUCAGAGAAUACUAGGAUUUCUGCAGGCAGACUGAUUGACUGAGACUCGUGACUGAGACACUGACUCUGACACAAGUACUUCAUUUACAAAUUUAAAGUUGUUAUAUAUUAAUGACACUUAUAUCAUUAGAAAGGACUCAGUAUUUCCUUUCCAUUGUUCAUUGAUACCUAGUUUAUUUUUCUAUCUUAAUUAGAACAAAACUUAUGGGAUUUUUAAUGUCAGAAUUUUUCCUUAUUUAGCCUUAGUUGAAGCCUUAGCCUUAGAUUUAGAUAAUUUCCAAAUUUUACUAAAAUACUGUGACUGAAAAUAGACAUCUUUGACACUCCAAACGCGAUAAGUUUUUAUUCAGCAUAGUUAAAGCUCUGAAAUUUUCAGCGCGUUUCAAUUAAGUAUUGGGCUUUAAUAAUAAAACAUUGUUAUUGUUAUGCAAAUACUACAAUAAAUAUAUUAAUGUAGCCACUUCGAUGAGAUCCGAGAAUCGCCGAAAACCGGGUAUCGUGAUUUCAUUAUCAAAAUGGCGACCUCCACUUUUUAAUUUACCGAGACCCUCGUUGUUUACGAUUUUUUUGCUAAUUAUAGCCCAGCAAGAACAUUCUAUUUCCGCCCACAACUUUGAGUAGACAUGUUGUUUUAUGAUUAGACACUUUUGUUCUAAAAAAUAUUUGAGGUCUUAACUUUGAAAAUUGAAGGUAAAAUAAUGCUUAUUUUACUCAUUCAUAUUUUUUUUCUGGAAAGGGUGUCUUCCUUAAAUAAAAAGACGACUAGAGAUAAUAGCAUAAAUUACAACAUAUAAAAAAUUCAAGAGGUUAGCACCCAGUUCAAUGGUCUAAAAAUGCCUACCAAAUUUUUGUCACGUGUGUCCCAAAAUGACCUAUUAUCGAUAACGAUUUUUAAUAAUAAAAAAUAAAAGUAAAUAACUUAAAAAAAAGUAAAUAACUUGAUUUACAAUGGAAAUCCAGCUUAUUACUCCAAAAUAACUCAUUCAAAAACAAAAACAAAUAAUUUAAUAACACAGAUACCUAUCUAAACAACAUAAAUAUAUUUUUUAACUUGUUUUGAUGCUUUUAUUGAAGGGUAUUGACUUGGGUAGUGGGUUAAACUGAAUUAUUAUUAGCCUCAUUUUUAUUAUAAUUAAUCUUUUAAAUAUAAACGUUUAAUAUAUAUACAGGCCUAGAAAAGUAUAGUAGCCUAUUUUAAGUAUAGGCCUAGCUCCUGCCCAACUCAUUAUUUGUGUGACACAUUAUUUGUUAUUUGUAAUGAUAUUUUAAUGAAUAUUAUGAUUCUUAAUGAAUAGAUUAAGCAAAAAUGUAAACAAAAAAAUAGUCACUUACCUUUCAUAUUGAAAUAUCCUAUAUUUAAUCACAUAUCACAAUAUUUCACAAGAGAAUUAUUACAUAAUCCUUGUAUUCUCAAAGAAAAAACACACUUUCUGCCACAAUAGUCCAAGAAUUACUUAAGAUAUUAUUAAUAAUAUUAAAGAACAAUCAUAAAAACUUAUACUUACCACAAGCAAAUGACUAGAACUUAUUUUAGUUUGUAUAAACCACCAAAGUUGAUUCUAUCAAUGCAUGUUAAUUUGAGAAACAAGAUUACUAACUUGUAAAAAAAUGACAUACUAUUUUUUUGUCAUAUUCAAACAUUCAUAUGAUAUGGGACUAAAAUACAUAUAUAGAAAAUGGUAAAAUAAAAAGUGUAAUCGUAAAUUUUAACUAAAUGAAACAAGUAAUCCCUUUAUUAUUAAUUUAUACUUGUAAAUGUUAAACAAUUCCACAGAAAAUUUGAAAUUUAUAUCUAAAGAAUAUUAUUAUUAUUAUGAUUCUAGGGAAAUUAAAAAAAAAAUAUUUAAACAAAAUUAAUUAAGUAAAUUUUAAAUAAGUGACGAGUCAGCAUAUUUAUACAUGUUUUAAAAGGAAAAAAUCAAGAUUUUUAAAAAAAAAUUUGCGGAAUAUUAACAAAAACUAACUUAUAUUUUGUGGCUUUAUUUAGAAGUACUCUUAUUUAACUAUGUUCCCUGUAAAUAUUAUAUUUUUGUCUCAUUUUAUAAUAAAGUUAUAGGCAUUCAAAAAAAAGCCAAUUGAGGGUCACGAAAUGUGGAGGAAAAUCCCAUAGUAAAAAAGUGCCUUUGAGGUCCCUACUAAAAAAUUCAUAACUUUUGAACCACUUGAGCUAGAAAGUUGAUCUUGGUGUUUUUGUAAUCUAUUCUCCAGGCUCUAUACAGCUGUAGUGUUUUUAUAUUUUUAAAAAUGUUUUGAAAUUUUAAUCAAAGUGCCUAAUUAAUGCGCGGGAUUUGAAGAACAGAGGGUAAGUAAAUUUCAUUAAAAAUGUAGCGCCCGUUCUCAAUACUCAAACUGCCAUAACUAUUUUCCCUGUAAAGUUAAAGCCUUCAAAUUUUGCACAUAGUUUAAUUAGGCAUUGGGCUUUUAUAAUAAGCAAUUUAAAUAUUAAUACAUCAAUAAAAAUGAAUUAAAUCAGCGGCAUUUGAGCAACAAAUAGAGAUAGAAAAUCGAUUUAAUUAAACACAAAAUAAGCAUUUCAACAUAAGUAACAAAAGGUACCUCCUAUAUUUUAAUUUUACAUAUGUUAGAUUUAAGUAAAGCUUGUGUUUUUCAGUGUGAUAGUUUUGAAAUAAAAUUAUUUUCUAAUUAAGACGAUGGUGAUUUUAUUUAUCCUGUCUAUCUGAUAUAGAUAUUAUAUUAUGAUGUUCUAAUAUUUUUAUUCAGUAUUCAGAGUAAGCCAAGUAUUAAUUACAUAUCAUUUAGGGAACCUUAUUCAUUCACUGAAUAUAAUUUUACUUAUAUGAAAAAGUCUGGUAGUCUUGACUUGAGUCCUGAUUACAGCUCGUCCACAUGGAAUGGACAGGUGUGAAUCGUGGGUACUGGUAGUACUAGAAUUAUAACUCUUAACAGCUCCUCAAAAAAGUAUGGUGACAUGGCUGAUUAUUUAAAGAUGGAAAAUUAUAAGACUAAGAUGUUUAAGAAAUGUUAACACCAAACUACCAGCUUAGCUUAUAACAAAUAAAGUUAUUCAAUGACCAGAAUUAAAGACUGGACUAAGCCUGAAAAGUCAAAUAUAAUAGCUUUGAAAUAAAGCAGUAAAGCUUAAAAACGCAAGAAAAAAGGGAAAUUAAAAGGGGAUACAGGUUAUUCAGAAGAUAAAUAUAAAUAAAAUUAUUUAAUUAUGUAACUUAGUAAAAAUUGACAAUGAAGUUCAGUAGCUGCCAAGCCUACAAUUCAUUGAUUAUAUGAAAUGAGUUUAAGAUACAUUAUAUCAAUAUCAUUAUUUAAGGACAAGUCCUUUACUAAAAAUAUAAUUUACAGUUGGAUAGUUUGAUAAUUAUAACAAGUAAAACAAAGAUUUAAAUGAUUAAAGUAAGUUGAUUUGACAUGAUGGUUAUCACGAAUAUAAAUUUUAUUAUUUAAAAAAAUAAUAAUGAAAUUCCAUAAAAUAUUUAUAAAAUUGUUUUCAGUCAUAAAAUUAAAACAAAUUAAGUAAGAUUAAUGAACUGGAUGGCUUUUAAAAACAAUGGAUUAAUAAAGAUUUUAAAUACUUUCUCAUGUAAUAAGAAGAAGAAUAACAGAGAAAGACUAUCACUUCCGGUUCAUUUGGCCUAAUCGAUAACUGGUUACGAAAUAUUCCCAAAUUAAACAACGUCUAGACAAUUUAAGUUCUAUCUAAAUUUCAAGAUGUUGAUUGUUUCAAUUAGUUAAGUUUUUCUUUAAUUGAAAAGAAAAAGAAUUAAUUGGAAAACUAUUAUGGUUACCUGAAAUAUAGUGCUAGCAAACUUACCUGUUUACUCAACGAAAGAUAUCCGCUACAAGCGGUAUAAGUCCAGUGAAAAGGUUAAUGUUGUUAUGAUCGUCGUCCUCUUGUGCACAAAACAGACUAUAACAAGUUCAUUGUCUCUCCCUUAUGUAGACAAAGGAAACUAGAUUUCAAUAUGACCCCGUGACCUACCGGCAUUGACCGGUCAUCGGAUUAUGGUAUGUUUUCGACAUCCGAAAAAAUCAAUCGGCGCACGCCGUUUAGUGAAGUACCUAACUGAGACCGAGUCAGUAGAGACUGGGUAAAUUUUGCAUUAACGGUAUGAGUUUCACCAAGAGUUGUCUGAACUUAAGUGCAGUGAAGUCACUUUGGGAAAUCCCAAUACUGUACUCAAAGUGAAUAGAUCACUGGCAGGACCUGAAUGAUGAUUUUUAUAAUUUUCCUGUUCUGUACAUUUACAAAGCAUUACUUGCAUCAUAAACUAAAUCUGAUGAGCGAUACAAAUUAAAAAAACAAAACAACUACCAUCUCCAAAUGCCAAAUGCUUGAGACCUUCUGAUUUAUUGUAAAAAAAGUAGUUAUCAUUUGAUUAUUUACAAUUUUUCCAAAGAGACCUAUCGUGAAAAUGCAAAUAAAAGUGUCAUAACAAAAGCAGCUAUCAUAAGAUUUUACUUUAAUUUCAUAAUUAACAAAUAAAUAACACUGUUAGGUUACCUAAGACUCUUAGUUGAAUGGCCUAUAUUCUUUAAUUUAUAAUACAUACCAGUAACAAUGUCAAUAAUUGAUGGGACAGGAGAUUGAGGUCAUGGGCAGAUUUGUAAAUUAAAAAAUAAAAUAAAUAUGGAAUUGUGUCUUGAAUAUGAUAAUGCACAUCACAAUAAAGGGCUAUUUAUCAUUAUAUUGCUCAGUAUUUUAUUUGAUUUUUUAAACCCAAAACAUUAUGAGACAUAAUGUAUAAUGUUUACAAUAGAAAGUAUCGCUUCCGAUAGUUCUGUUAAAAGAAAAUAUCCCCUAUUAGUCUGACCUCAAUUCGGUGACUUUUUUAAAAGUAUUUGUGUGUACAAUUUAGUCAAGUGUAGUAACAAAGAAACCCAUUGGUGUAAUUUUGCAUCAAUAGCUAGCUUUUUUACUACUAUGUUAAAAGAUUUUUUUGGUCCUUAUAAUAGAUGAAAAUUAUUGUUUAUGUUGUAAUUUUUUUAGUACCGGCAAUGACAAAGCUAUCAUGAUUAUGGAGAUGCUCUUGUACAUUGCUCCAGUACAUAAAAUUGAACUGAUUAUUUAAUCCAUAAAGAUAAUAUGGAUCAUGAUUUGUCCAUAGUAUAUCCGAAGAAUUGAUAAAACAAAUUUAAUAGUCCCAAAGUGAUGAUGAUAAGAUAUGAUUCUCAAGUCCAUUGCAAUUUAGAGCAGUAUUGAUGCAUGAUUAAUCCAUUGAUUAAAUGGUAGUGAUAAACUAAAGCUAGUGCUUUAUUACUAUAGAUGAAUAGCGUAUGAGUAUAGCAUUUGAGUUCAUAAAGAAUAAUGAUGUAUUUGUCAGCAACAAAUGACAAAGCUGAUGAUAACAAGUCAGUGGUGUUUAUAAUGAACUGUAUGCAUAUGUACAUGAAGGAAUCCAUAAUCCAGGAGGUUUGAUAUGUUCAAUAUAGUUGACAAGAGGUUACACCCAAAUUUUGGACGUUAAGGAACAUUGAUGUUGAUGUUGACAUAGAUCUUAACUCUCUGGAUUGGGUGAUUUGACAAUAAUAAUUUGCUUAUACUCCUGUGUAGAUGAUGUGGUCAAAUGAUCAAAGUUGAGCUUAUCUGAAAGAAUGUUAAAAGACUCAAAUUUCCAAAUUUGUAUACAUACAUUUCGACUCAAUAAACCAACAGGGCUACAGAAAUAAUAUGUAAAUUUCCAAAAGAAUACAAAAUAAAAUCAUAACUACCAGCAUAAAUUUUUUUUAAAAUAUAUAUUUACAAGUGCCGGUAACUAACAUGAAAAUGAUUGUUAGAUUAAAAUCAAUCCACUGUAGAAUCUAAAUACAUGCUUCAGUGUUGUUAUUGUUGUAAAUGAGGCUGAUGUACUGUAGCUAACGGUAGUUGAACUCGAACAAAAAGGUAAAUAAUACUAACUUACAAAGUAUAAAACCUCUAAAUAUAUAUUUGAAAUAACAACAGGUUUUUGAAAAACUGAAUAGGUAGAGAUGGAAAUUCAGAUGGAAAGGAUUAAUUUAAAUGAAUAUAUACAUUCUUUAAAAAAAUAUAUUUAUUUUUUCUAUAGGCUUGUUUAGACAAGAAUUAAAUAUUUAUUUGUAGUCAUUUAUAUAAUGCUUACUGAAUUAAAGUAGGUAUUUUUUAUAUUUUAGAUAUAAAAUGGUUUCUUUAUUUAAUAAAUAUUUUUCAAAAUGGCAAUGACUAAUUUGACAAAUGACUUUCAGUUUGGCAAAAUGCAACUUUAAAAAAAGAUAGAAUCAAAAUACAGUAGAACCCGGUUAUGUCGACAGCCUCGGGGUUUGCCAAAAAUUGUCAAGAUAACCGAUGAUCCAGAUUAACAAAAACCAAUAUGGCAGCAAUAUAUUAACAUGUGCUUUAAAUUUCUUUAUGUGCGCAAUGUGCGUUUAUAAAUGAUAAAUACAUGCACAUGUUUUCGGAGUUGUAUAUUUUUUUACACAACAGUAUUACCGCAAUUUGUUUCAUGAACCAAUCAGUAUGCUAUAAAUAUGAACAUGUUGUUGUUCGUCCGUCGAAAUGAACUAGAACCAUCGAGUCAUCCGGUUAGGGGGAGGGUGGAAUUACCCCGGAAUUCCGGAUUCGUGAGGCUAAAUAUUUUUCAGCUUCGGAUUUGCGAGUUUUUAUUUUCUCUCGCUCCGGAUUCCCCAGUUCAAUUUAUUCAAAUACGGAUUCUGGGUUUUAAAAAAAUCAACCUGUAAGAAUGCAUAAAAGCCUUUAUUAAGCGACCAGUGGGUUCGCUAUAAAUAGAACAGGUACUGUGACCUUUUAUUUGUAAGCCUCGCGCUCCACGCUUCUUGCUGUGUCAAGUUAAUUGCACUGACAAUGAUAUUUUCAUUUCAAUUACUACAGUUUGAAGUAGCCACGUUUCUGUUGAAUAUCAUUUUCAAAAGCCUGCGAUUGAUCAUGGGGAUCGAGAUAACCGAGGUUAAGUGGCAAAUUUGGCCACCUUUUGUGCUUGAGAUAUCAGGGUUUGUUGACAUAAAAGAAUCGACAUAACCGAGGAGAAAAUGCUAAGACAAAGAGAGAAUUGGGUGGUUCCAAUUCAAAAACGUCGGCAUAAGAGGGUUGGGGAGUUAACCGAGGUCGAGAUAAGGGGGUUCGACUGUACUGUAAAAAUAUGUUGGAAAAUUGAAAAUAAAGAGUACCGGUACAGAUUUAAACAAUUUAUAAAAUAAUACCUUGUCCAGACAAAAUGUGAUGGAUCCAAUUAUCAUUAUCUUUUCUUUUUCAAAUAGUUAAAUGUUUCUCAUACAUGAAAGAAAAAAAAAUUAAUUUCAAUAGAUGUAUGAUUUUCAAAAUAUAGUGCUAGCCAAAUUAACUAUAUUGCAAUGAAAAAUUUCUGCUACAAAACUCUGGGAGGCGGACAAUAAAAAUUAUAUCGUGGUGAUUUCCUUCCUUGUGUGUAAAACAGUCUAAUAAUAGAAUCAUUCACUAGUUUAAACAGACAAAGAAAAUGUAAUUUCCAAAUGACUAUAUGAACUACGGUCAUUGACCUGUUACAGAAAUAUAAUCUGUUUCCCAUAUUGGUAAAUGAUCAGUGCACUGAUUUGUGAAGUACCUAUUUUUUCUCUAAUAUUAUUUUUAAAUUUUUGUUUUGUUUUGUUGUUUUUUAAAAUUAAAUUUAAAGUUAACAUGGAUAUGGGACUUGGUUUGAUUUGGUGGACAACUUGAUGUCCUACAUUACUAUAAGCCUACAGGCAAUUUUAUUAUUUUUAUUUACAUUUGCCUGAAUUGGUCCUCCUGUGACUUGCCAAUGCCAGUUAUAUCACUGGAAAAAAUUGAUUUCUGCUUCCCAAAGACACCAAAAUUAUAUUUCUAUCACUUGGGCCUAUUUAGUUAUUGCCCUAUACUCUAUAGCGGUGUUUCCCAAAAUUUCCACAGGGGGUAAUUGGAUAAUACACUGUUCAGAAUUUGAAAACCGACCGUCUACUGUAAUUUUUACUUGUAUUUUUAAGAAAGAGCUCAUGCUGCAACUGCUUAUCCUACUCUUGAGGCUAGUUAUGAAAUGUCCUUACCCCUAAAUAUGGGAAAAAUCAUACUGCAGGAGAGAAUAUAAUUAAACCAUCAAUAUCAGCAUUUCUUAAAACGGUUCUGGAAAAGAUGACAAAGAUGUGAAAGCUAUGCCACUCAGUAAUAAUACUGUUAGCAGAAGAAUAGACGAAAUGAGCAAAGAUAUUGAAAUACAACUUGUUGAAAAGCUGAAAACAAUAAGAUUCUAGUGCAAAUGGAUGAAUCAACUUUGAGAGACAGGGAGGCUGUAUUGAUAACUUACAUAAGAUAUAACAAUAAAGGGUAAUUUGCUGAAGAAAUUUUGUUCUGUGGAUCAUUAUAAAUCACCACUACCGCCGAAAAAAUAUAUAUAUAAUAAGGGAAAAAAUUACUUAGAUGUCAAUAAUAUACCAAAUGAAAAAUAUAACAUCUUGUACUGCUGAUGGUGCUACUAAUAUGACGGGCAAGAGAAAUGGCAGCUUAAAAUUGAUGAAAGAUAAGAAUCCAGAAAUGCUACUUGUGCAUUGUGCUAUCCAUAGGGAAAACUUAGUAGCUAAAAACAUUUUGCGUGUUCUAAAUGAAGUCCUAAAUUCAGUUAUAAAGUGUAUCAAUGCUAUUAAAGAAAGUGCCAAAUGUGAACGUCUCUUCAACUUCAAGCUAUUUUAUGAAGAACAAAAUGUAGACUAUGUGAGACUUUUACCUCACACUGAAAUAAGAUGGCUUUCGAAAGGGAAUUGCUUGAAAAGAUUUAUGGAACUAUUUGAUACUCUUGCAAUUUUUUUAAGGGAUGAAUCUGAUAUGAAGUAUCUAUUAACCGUUGAUGGUAAAGCAUUUGUAAGUUAUUUAGCCAAUAGCUUUGAAAAACUAAAUAUAUUGCAUAACCAAAUUCAAGGAACAAAUAAAACUCUGGCCGAUGCAAAAGCGAAGCUAUUUGGUUUCAUUACUUUUAUUAAAUUAUGUCAGAAAAAUAUUUAUAAUAAAAAUGUUGAAAAGUUUCAUUGCCUGCAAAAAUGUAAAUUGACUGAUACCGCUUUACUUGUUAUGGUCCAUCAUCUGAAAAUUCUAUCACCAAAUUUUUUAUAAAAAAAUUUCUGAUUUUGAAACAAAUUGAUUUUCCAACUUGGAUGAUGCAGUCAAUGUAGUUGGAUUUGUUUGAUAUUUCAAAUAUGCAGUAUCAAGAAUAGAAUGCGGAGAAAAGCGAAAUGGUGAAUCAGUUAAAAAUUUAUUUAAUGUAAAAGGAGCCAUGGCAUGGCUUUGUGAGGAAACAGAAAUCAAAUAUCCAAAUUCAACCAAAUAUGCAAGAAAAUCAUUAUUACCGUUUCCAUCUUCAUAUUUAGCUGAAUGUAGAUUUAGUGCCAUAAAUGAUUCGUUCCAACAAAAAAAAAAAGAAUAAAAAACCAGAAAUCGGCUAGAUAUAAUACAACGGGGAGACUUGAGACCAAAGCUAACUAAAUUGGAACCGAACAUAAAAUUUCUUUGCAGCAAGCAUCAAGCACAAACAUCUCCCUAAAUUUAAAUAAUAAAUAAUUAAUAAUUGUUAAAAUAAUAUAGAAAAAUCUUUCAUUAAAAUUAUUUAGUACCGGUACUUGAAUUUCAGUUCUCCAUUAAAUUAAAUGUUUUGAAAAUUUACUUACUAUGAUUCUUCACCAAUUUCUUAGUGAUUUCUUCCUCAAACCUAUCAUUCAAGUUUCUUCAGUGAAUAACCCUAUUUUCAAAUAUUAAAAAUUAUGUAUUUGAUACAUAGGGGGAUAAGAAUUUAAUUAUGUAAAAAAAAUAUUCCAGGGUUUGAAUUUAAUUCUGAACAACUGUGAUCAUGCAUCCAUGUCAGAUGUGUAAUACUGGCAUCAGGUAAAUUUAUUAAAGAGGAAAUGUUUUAAUAUCCUUAAAGAAAUUUAAGAUAAAAGGUUUAAUCUCCAUAAUUGUCAUUUUAAUGUGUUCCUAAAUUGUUGUAUCUUCACAGAUGAAAAUGUGUUCCCGCCAGGCUUCAAACCUAUGCCACCUGAUACCAGAAAAACUCAGCAAGGAGCAGAUGACAUUCGAAAGCAUAUCAGGGUAUUUUUAAGUUUUAUUAAAUUGUAGCUGAUUAUCUCUAACAAAAAACAGAGCCUUCCAGAAGGUGGAAGAGCCUGUUUGGUUUUUUAGGUCUAAAAGGUGCUAGAUAGAGCUACUGAUCAAUUUCAGGAAUAAAUGUUCUCUAUGACAAGAAUGAUUGAGAUCAUUAUUAAUUUAAAUUCCCAAAUAGUGCAUGCUAAGUUGUCUUUCAAUUUGUGCAGCCUGGACCACACCCAGGGAUGCGAGCAGCUGCUGAAAUGCAGAGACAGCAGGCACAGCAAGGAUCAAGUCGGGGAAUGAUGGGUGUUGUACUGCCUAUGUAUGCCAUUGGUAUAGUGCUAUACCUGGUCUACACAUUAUUCAAGGUAUGGUCUAUUUAGAAUUUUCUACUCCAAGUUUAUAAAUGGAAUUGAAAAACAGCAGUGGGAAACAAUUUUUAAAAAAAUUCAGUCGAGAGAUUCUCAAAUAGUUCAGCUCAUGAUCCCAAAUUAUAUAAAAUAUUUAUGGAUUACACUUGUUCUAAGCACUUUAUAAGUUGUUAAAAUUAAAUUUUAGGACAAUGAAUUUGAGAACCAUUGAAUAUUGUAAAUAGACUUUUCUGAAAAUUUAAUUUUGCUUGAUUCUAAGAAACUUGUAGUACAAUUAUGUGCUGAACAAUUAUAUGAUUAUCCAUUAUUUAACAUUAACAUUGAAAACACAGUGUAGGGGCUAAAACUAUGAGAUCCAAUAAUCUGUUUUUGAGCUACUCUACUUAUUUAUGUAGUUUAUAAUUGUGCUUAAAUUAACUUUUUGCCAGGUGUUCAACAAGUCUAAAAAUAACUCUUGGAGUAAAAUAGGCGACCAGUAUGGUGGUGGUGACAACUCUAUGGACAGAAUGGGUUUCCCUACUGACUUCGAUGGGUCUUGUGAUGUCAGCAACUUCCUCCAUGACAACAAGCAGAGAAAAGAGUUGGAGGAUCUCUUAAGUCGUGUUGAUGAGAAGAAUGUCUGUAAGUAUUCAUUUUGAUAGAGACAUCUAAUUUUCUUUACAUUGAGAUUGAGAAAUGAGGUGUGUUUUUUGUGUUGACUUGAUUUCUAUUUUUAUUCAGAUUAAUUUUAUUUGAGGGAACUUGUUUUGUUAACUUAAAAUUAAGUGGAUUCAUUAAAAAGUCAAGUGUGCCUUUGUGCUUGCAAUUAAAUUAAUUAUGUCUGAUGGGGGAAAAGGGAGCUAGAGCAAUAUUUAAAAAAAAUUGACAUGAGAGAAAAGGUACUUUCAAUUUAAAAAAUCUUUGUAGUCAUCAGCAAAGAUACUUAAUUUAAAGUCACUGAAGCCGGGGAAACUUGAGUUAUUGUAGGCUACAUGUCUAUUUGAAUAGCUACUGAGGAAAUGAGAAUUCUGCAGAAGCGAUUGGAAGAAACUGAAGCACAAAUGACUCGUAUUCUUCAAGCUAUGAAAUCAGUACAGACUAAUGUGGAUAGAAUGACAGGACCUGAAAGUUUUCCAUCGACUCAGGUAGUUUAUUAGGUUUAUAGAAACAUUGCACCAUAUUUAAAUUUCUUCUCUUUAUUGGCAUUAUUUAUUAUAACUAGAACACAUUUCUGCUAUACAUUUUCUUAGAGAUUUUUUCUUUACCUGAAAUGUAAAUUUUUGUGUAAAGAAAAAUUAUACCGUAUCUCAAAAGUGAUAAAUUUAGAGGCAGCCACACAUACAAGAUAAAAGAUCAAUACAGUCAGGGUAUAAAUGAAGAUGAUGUCUAUAAUAACUCAUUGAACUGCUACUGAAGAAACCUCCACUAAACAACCGAAAGAUAGUAUUGCAAUUCUGUACAUCUUAUAAACUUUCUACAAAAUCAAAUAUGUAAUGAAUUAGUAAUUUAACACUAAAGUUUUAUUUGUAUCUAGGAAAAAGAUAAUGUCAACAAUGAUUUAACAGAGGAGACUGGGGACAAUGGUAAUAGAGAUUGGGAUGCCCAAGAAGAGGAAGCAUCAAAUGAUAAGGAAGAGCAAAAUCUUGAUGGUCAUUUUACAAAAAGUGGACAGAACAGGCUGAUAAAAAAUGUGGAUCUAGACAGUAUUGACAAGGACAGUGAUGAUGAGGAAUCUAUUGACCAAGCUGCUUCCAAUGAGGAUGAGGAGACUGGUGACAAUGUGGAUUCCAAUGACGAUGAGGAGACUGGUGACAAUGUGGAUUCCAAUGACGAUGAGGGGACUGGUGACAAAGUGGAUUUCAACGACAAUGAGGAGACUGUUGACAGUGUGGAUUCUAAUGAAGAAGUAGAGACCAAUGAAGUUCAUAAAGUGAAAAGCAGCACAGAGCAGGACAAUGACUCAAUUGUGCGCCAUAGAAGGAAACAGUAAAAACAAGGAAUAAUAAUAUUCUUUUAUUGCAUAAAGAAACCACUUUAAAAUUCUCAAGAGUGUUUUAAAGAAAACUGCAUUUGUCAUAUCAUUGACUUUAAUUACAGAUUUAUUAAAAUAUUUUAUCAUGCUUUACAGUUGUACACAAAAUUUUAAGUCAGUACUUUCAAAUAAACAUGAUGGGAAAAUCAAAAGAAGCAACAAGAUGAAUCUUUAAAAUAUAAGUAGAAAGAAUAAAUGUUAACAGUUGGGAUUGAUAACUGACUUUAUUCAAAGAACUGCAUAGUAUUUAUGAAAAUCAUAAAAUAUGAAAUUACUGUAUUAAAUCCAGCAAGCCAUCCUUUUGUUAUGUUGCAGAGCACCUUAACAAUAAUGCAUUUACUGAACAUUGUAGUUUUGAACCCCCAACUGGUACUAACUACUAUGAUUCAAAGCAACAUAACAAUGCCUUUUCAUUUCUUUCACAUUUUCUCAUGGCUCUACCCAGACUUUUGUGUCUUCUUCAUUUUUAACUUGUGUGCUCACGGUUCAAGUUAUUUUGACUUAAAGUAUUGUGUUGAUCUUAGGUAUUGUCUAUUGGUACACGGUUAUCCUGUUUUCAAUGCAUCAAUGAUGUAAAAAUAAAAAUUAAAAAAUGAUUAUUGGACAUCUUUUUUAAUUCAUCUUUUGCAUAAAUUUUUUAAGUUUUUUCAAUGCUAAGAGCAAUCCCUAACUUAUUUGUUUGUUAUUACAUUAGAACUCUAAUAGACUAGAGUUACUGGUAGUAAUUAUUUGCUAAUUUUUGUCUUAGAAGUUGCUAUUUUACAUGCUUUUUAUUAAUCUAUUUGAAAGUUGGUGAAAAUAUUUUAAUAAGUUUGAAGAAAACAUCAAACAUCGCUUCUGUUUCUUUUGUUCUUUCUUCUGUUUCAUAAAUCAUGUCAAAUUACUGUUCUGUUAUUCCAAGAAGAAAAUUAAAUUCAAUGUAUUGUGGUAUAUCCCAACAUUUUUGUUGAAGGCAAUACAAGGCUUUUGUCUGAAAGAUAUGACUUUUAACCCCAGUUUAUGAAUUUUUUGUUUAACAUACCUAUGUUUAAUUUUUUAAUUUACUUAAUUUGCAUGUUGCAAUUAAAGUUUGAAAAUCCUGUUUAAGAACUAUUUUGGCACCUUUUUUUGUUUUAGUAAUGUUACACAUGUGAGUAACUACAUGUGAGAUGAAUCUAUAGAUUGUCUUGUUAAUCAAAUUAUUACAUAUUAUACUUUCAUUUCUGCUAUUAAUGUUGAGUCUGGUUGAAUGGGUCAACAGUUAAAGGAGAACAUUUAAUACACAUGGAUUACACCUGUAAAAUGUUAAAUCUUUCGUUAUCAAUAUUAUCAUCCCCAAAUGUGAUAACUCUUUGUUUUCUAUUGGUCUUGAUUUUGUGUUUUCAAAAUGAUAUAUUUUUAAUAUUUUUUGCUUGGCAUCUUCUUCGCUGCUUAAACGAGAAGAGAAUAACCAACAAUCUUGUCUCCUGGUGGGGCCUUCACUUCCACAGCUUAAGCUUUCAGUGAUAAAGUGGUUAGAAAUAAUAUCAUCUUCAUUCUUUUUGCAUUAGGGGUUGUCUUUUUGAGCUAAUUAAACAAUUAUUGAGUUAUUAUGAUCUGGAUUUUGGCUUGUGUUGCAUCUUUAGCAAUGACUCAGGCAUGCUCACAUUACACGCAAUAAAUUAUAUUAUAGAUGGGGUUUUUUUCUCUCCAAAAGUAACGUUUCUUGAUUGGUCCAGAUUUAGGAAUUUGAUUCAUUUUUCUUUACAGUUGACUAAAAGCAACAAUAUUGCUUUUUUAAAUGCUUAUUUAAGAUUGUAAUUAUCUUUAUUUACAGUAUCUAAAGUUAACCAAUGCAGUUAUUUAUUGCCAUACUAGAAAUAACUAACCAAACAAUGGCUGCGGCAGUGCUUGAACUUUCCAUCUACUACUAUUACAGGACAAAACAUUCAUUCGAGUAACGCACUUUAUAAGAAUCCCAAUCGGUGCUAACUUCUGGGAAUUUUAUUUUGCACACAGCGAUACAACCAUACAUACAUGGACUUAUUAUUUGUGAUAUUUUAACGAUUAAAAAAAAUCCCAACUUGUUUUAAGUUUGCUUUGUUUCUUUAAUAUAGGAUUCUCAUUCAAGAUUUUAUAUUUUUUCAUUUCUGGGUAUUUCAGCCUGUGCUUCAAAUCAUGGAUGUGAUUUUUAUUUAUGAAAUACUCAUUAACUAUAGAGUUUAUAUUUUAAUAUUUGUAUAAACUUGAUAGGUUGGUUUAUUUUGAUACAUUUUUAUUUCUGUAUUUUGGGAUGUACAUUCUGGUUUAGAAAAGUUGUAAAUGUACAAUUUUAUAGCUUAUUUUAAAAAAACCCCAGCAAUAUCAUGUGGAAUCUCAAAGAACCUUUUGUUUUCCUUUCUUUUAAUUUGUGUGUCUCUUAAGAUUUUUCAUUCAUCAUUAAUAUUUACAUGUGGACUUUUGGUUGAAAGCAAUUAAAAGCAUAGGGAGAAAACUAUUUUAUUUUCAUAAUAGAUGUUCUAUAUUUUUUUUAAAUUUGCUAUAUGGAAAUUGAUUAUUUAACUCCUGAGCACUUCAUAACUGUUAAUAUAGUGUUCUAAUUCAACAUUUUGUGUUACUUUUCAAAAUGGUUUUAUUUAUUUAUUUAAUUUAAAUUCAUGGUCACUCUACAACCUAAUCAUAAAUGUUUUAGAUGUGUACAAUAUAUAAUUUUUGUUUUGAUUAGAAAUAUUUUUAAAUUUUGUUUAUGACAAUGACGUUUUUAAUCUUAAGGAAUUAAUUGAAUGGCAAAAAUAUUUCUUUUCUAAGGCAAUGAUUAGUUAAAACGAGUGGAGAACUUUUAAUUAUUCUGCAGAUCAAUAGGAUGCAAAGGAAAUAGGGUGACAAUUCUUGGCUGGGAAUGUCCUGAAUGACACCAGAGUAAAUGAUUAAAAUUUAAAUUAUUUGUUCUGUCUAUGGUAUUUUUUGCUAUUUUACAUUUCUUGGAUAUCGUAAGCUUAUGAACUUAAUUCUGAUAAUAAUAGGCUGUAAAUUUUCAUUACUGGGAUAAAUAAUUAACCAACUUACAACGUUGUAGUAAUUUCUGAACCCCGUCAACUUAAACUGGCUGUUUUUUUUUCUUUGGUUAUAUUAGAAUUGUAGUGAAAAUUAAAUAUACCAAAAAUAUUUUACAGGGAGAGUGACCAGUACAGUCAAAUAAUUACACAAAAAUAAGAAAAAAUAUGACCCAUUUAUGAACAAUUCAUAUUUAAAAUUCAUUUAAAAAAAAUAUGAUUUCAAUGUUCCAAUUAUCAUUUUUUUAAAAUAUUUUGGAAAAUAAAAAUGAUAUUUUUAAAAAACUGGUACUGAAAAAUUAUUUUUAAAAUAAAAAAAACAUUCAAUUUUUCUGAAGUUUAACAAAAAAAAAAAAAUUACAUUAUUCUGAAGUUUAAUUAUAAAUGUUUAAAUAAAUUGUCUUGUCAGUGGAUAACAAUGAUCAUUUUCUCAGGUGCCAUGUUGUUAACCAUGUAAUUGCAAAACCUUGCAUUCUCUGUGCAAUAAUUAAUUCUACUGUAUAUUUUCAGAUACCCUGUAGUAAUUUUUAUUUUUAAAAUGAUUUAUGAAUCUUAUGUCACAAUAAUUUUAUUAUCCUCAUCCAUGCUGAAAGUAAAUCACAAACUUUAAUUUAAAUUAUUUUAUGUUGACUUUCUAUAUAAAAAUAAAAGUCACAGCUAUUGUCACUUAAAAAUAACCUUUUCAAAUUUCUAAAUUGUUCACUUUUUCCACAAUUAUGAAUAAAAAUUACUCAAUCAGACCUGGUUACCCUCGAACUCCUAAAAUCGUACAAGAUUGCUUCAAAAUCUUACCUUCAUGGUGAAUAAAUAAACCAUAUAAUGUCUUGCAUGUCAAGCGGGAUCGAGUUAAAAAGGUCAUUUCCAAAUGUAGAUGAAUAACAUUUAUAUUGCUUGAUGUUAGGAUCAAUUUACAAAUGAGGUCAUUUACAAAAGGUAACUAGUGAACUUGAGAUUUUUUAAUUUAGUUAAUAGCUGGUUUUAAUAAUAAUAAACAUUAAUAUCCAUAAAGCCCAUUUCCCCAUAGCAUACAACUACCACAAGCAGUAAAUCGGGGAAAGAGAGAGGAGUGUUGGAACAAAACUGGGGUGUUAAGAAUCCUAUGGCUGUUUUGUGCAUUCUCAAAAAAAAAAAAGAUUUUAAAGGCCUUCCCAGAUCCUAUAAAAUGUGUUAAAAUUUAAUGCUGUGCAGACAGUUGAGAAUGCAUUCUCAUCUUUAUUUUUCAGUUUUUGCUAUCACCAAUAUUGUAAGAGUAACCAGGUCUGCUUAAUUCAUGCAGCUAGUAUUUAUUAACACAAAAAAAGUAGCUUUAUUCUUUUAUUUAUGAUGUAUUAUUGCAUUGUGAAUUUUUUUUCUUUAAAAAUUAAUUUUUAACAUAUCGUUAACACGUUUAAUUUAUUUGAUGGUGAUGUUUGUGUAAAUUUAGAAUACACAUUUUGUUUACUAUCUCUGAGUUUUUGUUAUUUUUAAAUAUAAUUGGAAAAAGGACGAAAAAAACACGUAAUUGAGGUAAAG